AUGCCGAAGAAUAAGGGAAAGGGUGGUAAAAACAGGAGACGUGGAAAGAACGAGAACGACGACGACAAGCGCGAGCUGGUCUUCCGGGAAGAUGGGCAAGAGUACGCCCAAGUGACGAAGAUGCUGGGAAAUGGCCGUAUUGAGGCUCAAUGUUUCGACGGAGAGAAGCGCUUAGCACAUAUUCGAGGGAAGAUGCGGAAAAAGGUCUGGAUUAACCAAGGGGAUAUCGUCCUACUCUCGCUGCGAGAUUUCCAAGAUGACAAGGCCGAUGUCAUUGUCAAGUACACUGCCGAUGAGGCACGUAAUCUGAAAGCCUAUGGCGAACUCCCCGAAAACGCUAAAAUCAACGAGACGGAUACUUUCGGGGAGGAGGACGGAGAAUGCACGUUCGAGUUCGGAGACGAAGGAGAGGUUGAUAUCGAUGAUAUCUAA